AUGAUCGUUACAACUCUACUCCAGUUCAUGUUUGCAUGUAUUGGUGUCCAGCUUUUUAAGGGAAAAUUCUAUCGAUGCACAGAUGAAGCAAAGCAAAAUCCUGUGGACUGCCGGGGAAUAUUUAUUGUUUAUAAAGAUGGAGAUAUGGACAGUCCAAUGGUGAGAGAGAGACAAUGGCAGAACAGCGAUUUCAACUUUGAUAAUGUCCUUACUGCUAUGAUGGCUCUUUUUACUGUUUCUACUUUUGAGGGCUGGCCUGCGCUUCUUUAUAAAGCUAUAGAUUCAAAUGGAGAGAACGUAGGACCGGUCUACAAUUACAGAGUGGAAAUCUCUAUUUUUUUCAUCAUCUACAUAAUUAUUAUUGCUUUCUUCAUGAUGAACAUAUUCGUUGGCUUUGUCAUUGUCACAUUCCAAGAACAGGGAGAACAAGAAUACAAAAACUGUGAACUUGACAAAAAUCAGCGUCAGUGUGUAGAAUAUGCUUUGAAAGCCCGGCCGCUGCGUCGAUACAUUCCCAAAAAUCCUUACCAGUACAAAUUCUGGUAUAUGGUGAAUUCUACAGUCUUUGAAUAUAUCAUGUUUGUCCUCAUCAUGCUCAACACCCUUUGCUUGGCUAUGCAGGCAUUAAUGAACCCAGCCACUGUGGUUUGUAAGCCAUUGCUUAUGGAUUGGAGUUAUACAUGGAUCAAGCCACUCUGGCUUAUUCCACAAGCCAAAAAUUUUUUUAAAAAUGAAUCCAGCCAGUUGACAGCUUCCAGUUUAACACUGAUCAAAGCUAGUCAGUUGCUUUUUACUGAUUUUACCUGA